AAAUUAAAUUGUCAAAAUCUCUCUCUCUCUCUCUCUCUCUCUCUCUCUCUGCGCGCAAACGUGUCCAAAGGCUCACCGAACCAUUGUCCAACCGGAGCCGCCCAAAAGGCUUCCCUCGUGACUUGCGAACCUUAUCCAACAAAAGGGCACAUCCGUCAUUCACCUCAAGGCCUCGCUGCUCCGCUCCUCUUAAACCCAACAGAAACCCCUAUGAUUCCCGUCGACAGCAGGGUCAUUUUCGUCAUUCACCCCUUCUUGUUUAUAAUAUCUGCCCCCUCUGAAUAAAAGGAACUCAUUUCGCCGUCCAGCGGAGGGAAAAAAAUAUCUAUCAUCCAUCUCCUAUUCCUCCUUCUCCUCACACAGACAAUCUAGAGAUAGAGAGAGACAGAGUGGUAAAGGUUCUGGAGUUCACGAGCUCUCUCACCGUCUCUGCAACUCCAUGAUCAAGCUUUCACGGGCUGCAGCUUCUCCACGAAGUUCGCGGUUAUAGCUCGGACAGCCUCUGAUAUGGAUCGAGCUUCGGUCACGGUUGGUCCGGGCAUGGACAUGCCGAUCAUGCACGACAGUGAUCGGUACGAGCUCGUACGAGACAUCGGGUCGGGGAAUUUCGGCGUCGCCAGGCUUAUGAGGGAUAAGCAGACCGGCGAGCUUGUUGCGGUCAAGUACAUCGAGAGAGGUGAGAAGAUUGAUGAAAAUGUACGAAGGGAAAUCAUUAACCACCGGUCGCUGAGGCACCCCAACAUUGUUAGAUUCAAAGAGGUUAUAUUAACACAAACCCAUCUGGCAAUUGUGAUGGAGUAUGCAUCUGGAGGAGAGCUUUUUGAGCGGAUAUGCAGUGCAGGCCGGUUCAGUGAGGACGAGGCUCGUUUCUUCUUCCAACAACUCAUAUCAGGAGUUAGCUACUGUCACGCAAUGCAAGUAUGUCAUCGUGACUUGAAAUUGGAGAACACUUUGUUGGAUGGAAGCCAGGCUCCUCGUUUGAAGAUUUGUGAUUUUGGGUAUUCAAAGUCCUCAGUGCUGCAUUCACAACCCAAAUCAACUGUUGGAACCCCUGCUUACAUUGCUCCGGAGGUGUUACUUAAGAAAGAAUAUGAUGGAAAGAUUGCAGAUGUAUGGUCCUGCGGGGUGACGCUAUAUGUCAUGUUGGUGGGUGCGUAUCCUUUUGAGGACCCUGAGGAGCCUAAGAACUUCCGGAAGACAAUUCAUCGUAUUUUAAAUGUCCAGUAUUCAAUCCCUGACUACGUUCAUGUAUCUCCAGAGUGCCGCCACCUAAUCUCUAGGAUUUUUGUAGCUGACCCAACAAAGAGGAUAACCAUUCCCGAGAUCAAGAACCAUGAGUGGUUUCUAAAGAACCUACCCACUGGUCUUGUGGAUGAUAAUGCAAUGAAUGAUCAGUUUGAAGAGCCUGAACAACCCAUGCAGAGUAUGGAUGAAAUCAUGGGAAUAAUGUCUGAAGCCACCAUACCUGCGGCUGGGACUCCCAGUCUUAACCAGUAUCUGACUGGCAGUCUGGAUAUCGACGAUGACGACAUGGAUGAAUACCUGGAGUCUGAUCCUGAACUUGACAUUGAUAGUAGUGGAGAGGUAGUGUAUGCGAUGUAAUAAUGGCUUGUGGUCGCCUGCAUUGUGGCCAGAGGUUGUGGAGUGGGAAGUUCAUGGCCCAUUCCUUUGAAGAAUUAGAAAGAAGAAGAAGCUACAAAAUUAUCUUUUUCUGGGAGUUGGGCCUUAGGGUGAGAUUGACUGGGAGGAACUGUCACCCUCCCUUCGUAAAUUGCAAUGAAGUGUUUGUAUCUUUCUUGUGAGAUCAACUUCCCUCACAUCGUCAUCUAUUGUCCCCUUCUUCUAGUGCUGUAUCCUGUUGUUUUGUUGUGUCAUAUAAUGCACUUGUGAUAGGAAGGUAAUGUAACAGUGCUGUAUGAUGGUUAAUGUUUAUUUUUUUGUGUAUCA